AUGGCAUUUCUUGCAACUCUCGGGAUGCUUGUGUUAUAUGCCAGCCUUUUCAUUCUAGUCUUCGGGGUCUCAUGGGCGAUUUAUUACGAUCAGACCAGGAUACACAUCCCACCGGGAAUCAAACAUCCUGGUAAAGUACGGCUUUGCCAUUCAUUUCUCCAGUUUUUAGGGUUUUGGGGCUCCGUCCCAGCGUACCUGUCCGAACGUAUCUCCUUCUACAUUGCUGAGGCAACCGAUUCUGUAGUUGUGUGCAUUAAGUUUCGCCUGGCUCCGGAUCAUCCAUURCCAAUCCCAGUGAUGGAUUGCUGCACGGCUACCAUACACUUUUUGAAAAAUGCAGAGGAAUACGGAGUGGACCCGAAUCGCAUUGUUGUCUUCGGAGAAUCUAGUGGAGGGACAUUUGCUACAGCUGUUUGUCAACAUCUGGCAACACAGAAGGAUCUCCCAAAGCUCCGAGGUCAGGUCCUUAUAUAUCCAUUCUUCCAAGCAAUCGAUUUCAAUUUGCCUUCUUAUCAGCAAAACKAUUCAGUUCCUUUUUUGUUCAAGAAACGAGCCUUGAUAUUUGGCAUGACGUUUCUGACUGGGAAGAGGAUCAACGUGGAGGGCMUAAUGAAGAACGCUCAUGUUCCCAAGCAUUUGUSGGCAAAAUACAGAAAAUGGAUCAAUCCUGACUACAUUCCAGAAGAAUUUAAGGSCAGGGGRUACGUGCCCAUGGAGCCGGCUCCGUUUUCCCAAGAACUUUAUGAAAUCUGCAAGGAAUGCAUUAACCCAAUGUUUUCCCCGCUUUUAGCAGAAGAUGACAUCAUCCGCCAGCUCCCCAAGACUUUCCUAUUAACCUGCGAAUACGAUGUAGUCCGGGACGAUGGGCUCUUGUACAAGAAACGGCUAGAGGACAAUGGCGUCCCAGUGACGUGGUAUCACAUCAAGGAGGGCUUCCACGGAAUAAUACAUGACUAUGGCAACCGGAUACUGGAAUACCCAACUGCGAAAAGCCAUUUCCAACAUGUGAUUCAUUUCCUUAACAAUUUAUAA